AAAAAUGUUGGAAAUUUUCUCCAUAACUUAAACAAAGCAAAGAAUUAGGGUUUAAGGAAAGAUAUUAAGAAUGGAAGGCAAUAACUUGGAGAAAACACUCCAAGAAGGGAACCUUUACAGGCAACUCAAUUGCCUCAUUGUUGCUCAUCUUCGCCAUCACAAUCUCACCCAAGCUGCAAGAGCAGUGGCUUCAGCAACAAUGACGCCUUUAGACGUUGAAGCUCCUCCCAAUAAGCUUCUCGAACUUGUUGUCAAGGGUCUGGCAGUGGAGAAUGAUGAAACAUUACAAGGGGUUCCUUCUUCUACUUUGUUUGAUUUGGGGACAGCGCUGGGUUAUGGCUCAAAUCCGAAUCCUCGGCUUAGUUCUGUUGAUUUCAGUGCUGCACAGGAUACUAAAGGCUCGACAAAGAGUUUUCCAAGGCACGAGAUAAGGCAUCUUUCAGAGCACAAGAAUAUUGCCAGGUGCGCAAGGUUUAGUACCGAUGGGAAGUUUGUUGCUACCGGAAGUGCCGACACAUCAAUUAAACUCUUUGAAAUAUCAAAAAUAAAGCAAAUGAUGCUGCCUGAUUCAAAAGAUGGUCCGGUGCGACCUGUUAUAAGGACAUUUUAUGACCAUGUGCAGCCAAUAAAUGAUUUGGAUUUCCAUCCUCAGAGUACCGUGCUAAUAUCCGGUGCAAAAGAUAACACUAUAAAAUUCUUUGAUUUUUCCAAAGCUACCGCAAAGAGAGCCUUCAGAGUGAUCCAGGAUACUCACAAUGUACGGUCUGUAUCUUUCCAUCCAUCUGGUGAUUUUCUAAUAGCGGGAACCGAUCAUCCAAUACCACACUUAUACGAUGUUAAUACAUUCCAAUGUUAUCUAUCUGCAAACCCCCCUGAGAUAGGCGUAAAUGGAGCAAUAAACCAGGUAAGAUAUUCUUCUACCGGUGGCAUGUAUGUUACUGCAUCUAAAGAUGGUGUCAUUCGGUUAUGGGAUGGAGUAAGUGCCAGUUGUAUGCGCUCCAUAGUUGGUGCCCAUGGAACGGCAGAGGCCACGAGUGCAUGUUUUACAAAGGAUCAAAGGUUUGUCCUUUCUUGUGGAAAGGAUUCCUCGGUGAAGCUUUGGGACAUUGGGACCGGAAGAUUGGUCAAGCAAUAUCUUGGGGCUACUCACACGCAAUUGCGGUUCCAGGCCGUUUUUAAUGAUACCGAAGAGUUUGUGCUAUCCAUAGAUGAACCUAGCAAUGAGAUCAUCAUAUGGGAUGCUUUGACGGCUGAAAUAGUGGCAAAGUGGCCUUCCAACCAUGUUGGCACCCCUCGUUGGAUCGAGCACUCACCAACGGAGCCUGCUUUCAUAUCAUGUGGGACCGACAGAUCUGUUCGGUUUUGGAAGGAAACUCUCUAAGCACCCGGAAUGAUCUGGAGAACUUGAUCGAACCGAGUUGGCAAAAGCUAAGCGCAUCAUGAACAUUGCAAGUCAACGGUCCGACCUGUAACUCGUCCACAUAUUUGGAGUCCAUAUCGCGGCACAUCAUUGGAGUGGCCGUGCAAAUUGCGAGUCAUCACGAAUUCCCCUGUAUCCGUUCUCUCUUUCUUCACCUAUUGGAGAGAAACAAGCAUUGCAGUCGUUUAGUUUCCGUUUAAUAAAAGUUGGUUUGAUUAGUGUGCAUCAUGGGGGUUAAUAGUUAUUCA